AUGGCGCCGUGGAUUGCGCUCGCGCUCGUGGGGCUCCUGCUGGGAGCCACUAAUAUCCGCGCGGUUCGCGGAGAGUCGUUUAACUACGACCUCUCGGGCACGGACUGGCCGUCGGGCAAGAAGCAGAGCCCCAUCAAUAUAGUCACAUCCGCAGUGAAGCGCGCCGAUGGCCCCUCGCUGCUCAAAGUGAAGCACCCUCUGAGCCGCGAGAUCACCGUCACCAACGAGGAACACGCCGCCGGUAAGGCGACCAGCACGCGCAACCACCUCACACUCCCCUUCACUUUAUCCAUCUUUCCUCUUCCACACCCCCCCCGUUUCUCGUACCCAGCUGUGUCGCCACAGGCAGGCAAGCGCUACUUCCUCACGCUGCCCUCCACCUUAUCUCUCUGUUCUCUUCCCCCCUCACCUCCCCCCUUCCCCCUUCAUUACUCAUCCCCAGCUGUGUCGCCACAGGCAGGCAAGCGCUACUAUCUCACGCUGCCCUCGGGGCUGCACAAGCUUGACCACUCCGACCUGCAGGUGCCCAGCAUCCACCUGGUGGACGGCGUGCAGGCGCCCAUGGAGGCCCAGUGGGCGCAUGGAGAGGGUGCCCAGCAUCCACCUGGUGGACGGCGUGCAGGCGCCCAUGGAGGCCCAGUGGGCGCAUGGAGAGGGUCUGCUGUGCUGCACCCUGUGCCCAGCAUCCACCUGGUGGACGGCGUGCAGGCGCCCAUGGAGGCCCAGUGGGCGCAUGGAGAGGGUCUGCUGUGCUGCACCCUCAUCCACCUGGUGGACGGCGUGCAGGCGCCCAUGGAGGCCAAGUUCGCGUAUGUGAAUGUGGGCAACACCACUCGCAAGUCCGUCUUCUCCGUCUUCCUCAAGCUGCACCCCAAAGACAAGGACAACGCGUGGCUCAACCUCUGGCUGAACGACAUCCCAGCGGCAGUGAACGGCACAACAAAGAUAGCAGCGAAGACCAACUUCAUGGAGCUGCUGUCGUUUGAGACACCCUUCUGGUACUACGAGGGCUCGCAGGUGCACCCGCCCUGCACUGAGACGGUGGAUUGGUUCAUCUCCAUGCGCCCCAAGUUCGUCUCCACUCGCCAGGGCUCGCAGGUGCACCCGCCCUGCACCGAGACGGUGGAUUGGUUCAUCUCCAUGCGCCCCAAGCUCGUCUCCACUCGCCAGCUGGCCACCUACAUGAACUUCCUCCCCCGCACCAACGUUGGUGACCACACAUGCAUCAUCCAUCCGCUCCUUGUCCACCCCUCCCCUCCCCAACUCUCCCCCCCUCCCUUUCAGAUGGCCACCUACAUGAACUUUCUAUCGCGCACCAACAGUGGUGAUCGCACCAACAACCGGCUGCCGCAGCCCCUCAAUGCCCGCACCGUCUCUGUGUUCCGCGCCUCGUAG